GAAGUACCAGAUCAACUCUAAUUUGACUAUCGCUGCUCACGGAACGCUGCAUUUCCUGGAUGUGGAUUGUCAUAUAUCUAAGUUUGUUGCUCCGCCCAUGCUAAAUCUAUGGCUGGCUACACGCAAGUUGAGCUGUUUUAGUAAGUUCGCCUGUCAUGGAGACAAAUACCAGUAUCUUUUCUUUGACCGAGGGCUAAUUGUGUUGGGAAACUCUAUACGCUAAGUUAUCGCUCCUCCCUUUUCACCGGAUCGACUAAUCUUCUGUGCAUUUGCAAGACAAGACUGGAAAAUGCAUUACUAUCGAUAUGAAAGUGCGGAAGUCAGCUGCUGUUACAAAUACCUUAUGUUCAGCUAUAAUAUCGUAUUUUGGCUGGCGGGGGCUCUCUUCAUUGGUGCUGGAUUUUGGGCCUGGAGUGAAAAGGGAGUACUGUUGGACCUGACACAGGUGACCAGGCAGCAUGGCUUCGAUCCAGUGUGGGUGGUGCUGGUGGUUGGCACCGUGACCUUCACCCUGGGCUUUGCGGGCUGUGUAGGCGCACUGAGGGAAAACAUAUGCCUCCUUAAGUUUUUUUCAGGAAUCAUUGUCUUAAUCUUCUUCCUGGAGCUAGCCAUGGCAGUGCUGGCGUUUACGUUCCAAGAACACGUGAGAGAAUGGAUCAAUGACUUCUUUCUUCAGAAUGUCAAAGCCUACCGUGAUGAUAUAGACCUUCAGAACCUGAUUGAUUCAUUGCAGCGAAUGAACCAUUGCUGUGGUGCCAAGGACCCCAAUGACUGGAAUCUGAAUGUUUACUUCAACUGCAGCCAGGGGAACAUCAGCCAUCAGAAGAGCAGGGAGAGCUGUGGAGUCCCUUUCUCCUGUUGCCUUAGUGACCCUGCUGACACCGUCGUAAACACACAGUGUGGAUAUGAUGUCAGAUCUUCUGGCUCAGUGGUGAGUUCUUUUUUUACUUUUUGUUUUGUUUGAAGUUGUCCGCCUCUUUACUCUGCAUUCCCACCGGGAGCAGCGAGAGCAUUAAAGCAGCCCUGCACUGUUUCACACUGGCUGUCUUACCUGUUCAUUUUCAUUUGGGCACCCAUGUGAACAGGGUGAUGUAAUAUUGGCUUUCGAACGACUCUUGAGUGACAGUUGCUAUACCAACGCUAGCAUUACGUCACCCGGACACUUUUUUGGAAGUGAUAGACUUGCGCUGCACUAAAUACCUCAAUAACGCGAUUUACCCCAGAGCAUCUUGCAUUAUACUUUGCUACCUGAG